AUGCAACGCCAAGCCGAUACCAGUGGCUCCGCCGACGAUACGUUCGUUGCGUGGUUCACUGACAGGCGCUCUGGCGCGGCUCUCAAGCUGAGAUCGAGCGGUCAGACUCUCGGCAAGGUUUCCAACGCUUUGCGAAACAUGAGCGAGAAGGGGAGUUACGAGAUGGACGGCGUCGAAUCGUGGGCCAGGACUCCCGGUACCCAUCAACUCAACGUGCGGCGCCGUGCGCGUGGCGCGAUCCCAGGGUUUGACGAUGCAGACUUCACAGAGAUGGAAGGCGCUUCUUCCCUGAAGGCAGACUCAAACUCCGUACACCACGAAAACUGGGAUACGUCUCCCCUGCUCGAGGUUCUGCGCAUCUCCGACAGCGGCUCGCGCGAGCUUGAGGUCCACAGCUUCGCGAGCGGGUCUGCAUUGCGCGUCCCUUUCACCAGGCCGUUCGCGAUUGCGACGAGGGAGUCCGAGGUCAAACACUACCGGCUCACCUUCCCGGGCAGCAAGGACGAUUGCCUCAGCUACCUUGAGAAAGCUCAUCCCGACAUUCGAUCAGAAUUGCAAACUCUCUUCGGUCAGGGCCAAGCCAGCUUCAGCCAGGGCGAGCCCGUCGACAUCGAUGCGCUGGAGGCAGAAGUGAGCAUGCGCGAGCGACUCACUCAGCAACUCGCUUUCGAGGCGAAGCAGGCGAUGAAAGUCUUCAUGGAUGACGAUGGUGAGGGGCCCUGA